AACAGGAAAAGCUAUGGAAGAAAGGGAAAAUCAAAGGUUGGUAAAAGGAGAAAACACAGAGAAUAUGGGGUGGAGAAAGCUUGACACUCUUUGAGCCAUUGAUCCUAAAAUGAAGGACGACGAGAGAUUUUCGGACCAUUUUCACUCUCCUUUUUAUCUCUCUCCCUCCUCACGUUCCCUCUUUGCAGAGGCAUUUGACAAGGACCUUGGUUAUAUAGACACUCUUGUAAAGAGUGUUUUGCCCCUUGCCCUUUUCUGCCCUAUCCACCUAUCCGCCAAAGUGUAGUACCUACACCAUGUCUUUGAAGCUAGAUGCUGAAAUCCCGGGUGAGAAGUCCAAGAUGGGUUCUCUAAAGAAGAGAGCUUCCUCCAAGUUCAGGUGUUCUUUAACGAAGAGAAGGAGAAGUAGUAAAGUAAUGUCUGUUGACUUUGAGAUCGAGGAUGUGCAUGAUGUUGAGGAGUUGAAGGCGGUCGAUGCCUUUCGUCAGGCACUUAUUCUUGAUGAGCUUCUCCCCGAUAAACACGACGACUACCAUAUGAUGCUCCGAUUUUUGAAGGCCAGAAAGUUUGAUCUCGAGAAAACAAAACAAAUGUGGACUGACAUGCUUAGAUGGAGGAAGGAAUUCGGUGCUGACUCUAUAGUGGAGGAUUUUGAUUUCAAAGAAAUUGAUGAAGUAUUGACUUACUACCCACAAGGACACCAUGGAGUUGACAAAGAUGGACGACCAGUGUACAUUGAGAGGCUAGGCCAAGUAGACUCUACCAAGUUGAUGCAAGUCACAACCAUGGACAGAUAUGUAAAGUACCAUAUCAUGGAAUUCGAGAGGACCUUUAAUGUCAAGUUUCCAGCAUGCUCCAUUUCAGCAAAGAAGCAUAUUGAUCAAAGUACAACCAUUCUUGACGUGCAAGGAGUGGGACUUAAAAACUUCAACAAAGCUGCAAGGGAUUUGAUUACUCGUCUUCAAAAGGUUGAUGGUGACAACUAUCCUGAGACCUUGAACAGGAUGUUUAUCAUCAAUGCUGGCUCGGGAUUCAGAAUGUUGUGGAACACUGUUAAAUCCUUCCUUGACCCAAAGACCACGGCAAAGAUCAAUGUUCUUGGCAACAAAUACCAGAGCAAAUUGUUGGAAAUUAUUGAAGCUAGUGAGCUUCCCGAGUUUCUUGGAGGUACAUGUACAUGUGCUGACAAAGGAGGCUGCAUGCGCUCUGACAAAGGUCCAUGGAAUGAUCCGGAGAUCAUGAAGAAUGUUCAAGACGGUCACCACAAAUGCUCAAAGAGAUCGCAAGCUGAAAAUGCUACAGAGAAGACCAUUUCCGAGGAUGAGAUCUUGUACUCUAACUCUAAGGAGAACAAAUCUACAGCUAAUCUGGCUCCCGAAGAGGAAAAGGUUUCAAGAGACAACAUAAGCCACCCGUUAUCCUCUCCUCAUCAAAAUGGACCGGUUUCUUCUCCAGGGUUUGAUAAGACUGUGGACUCAGCCUGGAACACACCGGACGCUCAGAAAUUUGAACUCUUGAAAGCAGAAGAUGUUUAUGCCAUUCAGGAGGCUUGUAAGGAUACAACCGGCGGCAAAUCUCCCAUUUUCAACGGCGUCAUGGCUUUAGUGAUGGGUGUUGCCACAAUGAUUAGAGUGACGAGAAACGUCCCGAAAAGGCUUACCGAGGGAACAAUAUACUCGAGCCCUGUGUACUGUGACGACGAAUCGAUGAACAAAAGCGCAAUGCAGUCACAAAAACUGGCAAUGCCCCCAAUCUCGGGAGAGGAGUUCAUGACCGUGAUGAAACGUAUGGCUGAACUCGAGCAGAAAGUUACUUCCUUAAGCAUGCAGCCAACGACCAUGCCACCCGAGAAGGAGGAGAUGUUGAAUUCUGCCAUUAGUCGGGCCAAUGUCUUGGAGCAAGAGCUAGCUGCCACAAAAAAGGCUUUGGAGGAUACCCUUAGCCGGCAGGAGGAGUUUGUGGCAUACAUUGAAAAGAAGAAGAAGAAAAAGAAGCUGUUCAACUGGUGAGAAACUAUGGAGGAAAAAGACACGGCGACAAAAGACCUACUCAGAUGCACUUGUAUCAUCUAAUGAAUCCUAUCGUAAAGUCCUACUCUUGUUUUUGUUCAAGAAUCAAGUUUUGUUUUGUGCAGUGUGUAUGUGUGUGUGUAUAGAUGCAUAUAUAUGUGUGUGUGUGUGUGUGUGUGUGUUCCAUUACAGAGUGAUGAUGUCUUAUGUGUUUGGUGAGUAUACUCAUCGUAUAUAAAUGUUUUUAUUAACCAUAAGAUGCAGAGCAAGUAUAAUCCAAAAUUGGCUCAAGAAUUUUUAAUUC